CUUGUUCAUUUUGACAUUUGACAAUCAACACAGAGAGGCACGAACACGCUGUUUUCGGCUUUUAAAAAUCCACAUGUUAUUUACAAGUGCAAAAAGUUAAUAAAACGUCCCAAAUAUGUUUAGCGUGUCGCGGGAGUUUUCGCCCUGUGGGAAGUACUGUGCCUACAUAAGCCAGCAAGGGAAGUUUGUCGUGCACGAUGUGGAAACGAGCGCCGUACAUCAGGUCUACACCCCGAACAUGCACCUGAACGUGCCGUGUACCAGCUUCGCCUGGAUACAGGCCGGCGAUGGGGAGAAAAAGUCGAAGAAAAAGAAAGCACGGUCCAGUCUGGUGGAAAAUGGAACCAACGCCCAGCUGCUGGUCGCAUUCGGCACGAGCAAGGGUGGUGUGGCGCUGUACAACCUCGCCACCGCCGCCAUCGAGCAUGCCUUCAAAGGAGACGGUCAUACCGCGCCCAUCACCGCCAUUUACUUCAACGCCAGUCACAAUCCGGACGCGCUCUACACGGCCGGCGCCGAUGGGAACGUGAUCGAGUGGAGCAUUAGCCAGUGCAGCCAGCGGCGAGUGCACCGGAUCGGGGUGGAGAAGUUGACCUGCGUGCUGGCACACGCCGGCACGGUGCUAACCGGUGCGAAACAGCUCAAGCUGUGGAACGUCGCAAACGAUACACUGGAACGCACCCUGAUCGGGCACACUUCCAACACACAGCUGCUGCAGCUGGUCGCACUGGACGAGGACAACGUGUACGUGCUGUCAGGAUCGGUAAACGAUCGCAACCUAUCACUUUGGAUGCUGAGUGAUGAUGAAAGCACCUCCCCCGUGGCAACCUUUGCGCUGGACGAUGUGCCAGAGUACGUGUCGCCGAAGGUGGUGCAGCGAAAGCUGCAUCUGAUUGCCGUCUCGCGGACAGGCGUUGCACAUUACUUCGUGCGGGAUAUGGGUAAGCUGAGCGUGAAGAAGCCUUACAGAGCGUCCCACACGUUUGAGAUAGCGGUCGACACGGUCAGCACGAAGAAGCAAGCGGUUGAUCGGUUGCCCGUGUUUGUCGCUACCGUACAGUACUCGCCACAGCAGGAAAACAUACUGCUCGGGUACGGUACGGAGCUGAGCGUACGCUUCGAACAGGUUCCGAUCGAGGAAGACGUCAAGAUGAACGUUAUUAUUCGCGAGCCGUUGAAGGUGCUGGAAAGCAAAACGAAAGCGGGCGAGCUCAAGUCAAAGACACCGAUCAUCGACAGCGACAAUGUGGAAUACAUGAAUCCGGUCAACUCGAACAGAAAGACCGUCAAGGAGGUGGAAAUUCCCAUGGAAGUUCGUUUGGAAAACCUUUCGACACCCAAGACAAGCUCCAAAAACAUGAUCCAUCUGCUGGUGCAAGGACUGCACAGCCGGGAUGCGACACUGUUGAAGAAUGUGUUCGCCGUAGACGAUUCGGAAAUGGUGCAGCAAACGCUGGGCCGAUUGCCACCGCAGUAUGUGAGCGCGCUGCUAAACGAACUGUCGCACAUGAUGCAGAUGAAAACGAUGCACGUUAAAACAGCCGUUUGCUGGUUGAAACAUCUGAUCAACAUACACGCAAGCCAGCUGAUGGCACUGGGGUCAUCGAAUCUGCUUGCCAACUUCAGCACCUGCCUCGGAAUCAUCGAGUAUCGCGUGGAACACUUGAAUUCACUGUCCAGAUUGCGCGGUCGACUGGGGCUGCUAAUCGAUCAGAUCGAUCGAAGCAAAAAUCAGGCCGCCAAUCUGGACGAUAAAUCGAACAUGAACGUGCUGGUGUACCAGGAGGGCGACGAUUCGGACGUGGACUCCAUGCUGGAGAAGGACGAUACCGAUCUGCCCGGUUCGUCGAACGAGGAAAUGUACGACGACGAGGAGGACGAGGAGGUUGAGACGGGAGGGUAUGCGAAUGGGACCGAUGUCCGGCGAAAUGGAUAUUCCGCAAAGGAUAGUGACAGAGAGUCGAUGGAAGUGUCCGAUUGAGUUUGGCGUGGUGUCCAUAAUUCGAAAAGUCCAGCAUCAUCGGCAGCAUUGCUUGUACAAUAAAUGUUCAUUGUAUGCUGUAUCUGCAAUCGA